CAUCUACCACGUGAUUAAACAGCUCUGCUCUCGAUGUGUUCACGGGUGGUUUUAAAUAAAGUUUUCUGGAGCUGACGCUUGCGCAGUGCAGGGGUAGGAGCGGCCGGAGCGAGCGCACAGCCAGAGGCCCGGAGCCAUGCCCAAAAAUAAAGGUAAGGGAGGAAAGAACAGGCGACGUGGUAAGAAUGAAAAUGAGUCUGAAAAACGUGAGCUGGUCUUCAAAGAGGAUGGCCAAGAGUAUGCCCAGGUGAUAAAGAUGUUGGGAAAUGGCCGCUUGGAAGCCAUGUGUUUUGAUGGUGCAAAGAGGCUCUGUCAUAUUCGAGGGAAGCUGAGAAAGAAGGUUUGGAUAAAUACAUCAGACAUUAUAUUGGUUGGAUUGAGAGAUUACCAGGAUAACAAGGCUGAUGUCAUCCUGAAAUACAAUGCAGAUGAAGCCAGAAGCUUGAAGGCAUAUGGUGAACUUCCAGAACAUGCCAAAAUCAAUGAGACCGAUACCUUUGGGCCUGGUGAUGAUGAUGAAAUCCAGUUUGAUGAUAUUGGGGAUGAUGAUGAAGAUAUUGAUGAUAUCUAAAUUGGGAUUGAAUUUGGAUUCCAACAUUGUACCAAGCUUCCUUUUUGAAGUGAAUUCCUUUUUUUGGAUUGGACAUGAACAUUCUGUGUGGAUGAGUUGAUUUGUUAAUGCCUAAUGUAUCUUAAAUUCAUUCUGCAACAAUUUGUUUAAAGAAAUCUAUGUUUUAGUGUAUUUAUAUUCUUCAGUCAAAAGUACAUGAAAGAAUUUGGUGUGAAGUUUGUUAGGAAGUGCAAUCCUUUCCAAUAAAAUGUUAAAUCUCA